CCUGCCGGCCUCGCAGCCGUUGGCAGCACUGACUGCGUGCCACAGCCCAGGCGUCUGUCGCAUUUGUAGCGAGUCGUGUCCGGUGUGACGUUCUGCGUUAGGAUUUCGUGCUGCUGUUUCUGCGCCGAGAAUUUCUUCUGCUACACCCACACCCUUAAUAAGGACCACCCACCAUGUCGGCAGUUACGGAGGUUCAGAACACCACAACCGAGGCCCUGGCCGCCCUGCUAGACGGGGGUGAAGGCGCCCUGGUGACGCUGGUGGCGGGCGAGACGAGGGUGGCAGCCCACAGGGCCGUGUUGGCAGCCGCGAGCCCAGUGUUCGAAGCGAUGUUCGCGCACGACAUGCUGGAGGCCAGCUGCGGCCAGGUGAGCAUCGACGACGUGGAGGGCCCGGUGCUGAGGCUCCUGGUGGCCUACACGUAUACCCUGCGGGCCCCCCAGCUGCCCGACACGGCCCCCCAGCUGCUGGCGGUGGCCGAUAAGUACGGCUUGUCGGCCCUGAAGGUUGCCUGCGAGCGGCAGCUGAUCUCGCAGUUGGCCGUCGAGACCGCAGCGGCGACGGCCGUCACGGCAGUGAGGCACUCGUGCCCGGACGCCACGAGGGCUGCCGUCGCCUUCAUAAAGGACCACCCGCAGGUGAUGGCCACGCGGGGCUGGGUGGACGCUGUGCUCGAGUAUCCACAAGAAGUCAACGAAGUCAUCCGUCAACUCCGUGAGCCACCAGCAGAAGCCAGCUCGCCGACUGCCACAGGGGGCGGGUCCACCACCAACUCUGAGCGUCAACCCCACAGCGGCCACAGCCAGACUCCUGCUGCAGCUGCGCCUCCCGCGUCUGCCCGACACACCCCUCCACCCGAUGAUGCAGCCGUCUCUCGCUUCCGGAGCCUUUCUGAGGAGGAGCGAGACAGGAGGCUGAGAGAGGCGGCUGGGGAGGGGGCGGUGGAGGAGGUGCGGCUGUUGUUCGCGGCUGGGGCGGACGUGGGGGCGAGGGAUGGGGGCGGGUUGACCGCCCUGCACUGGGCUGCAGAGAGAGGCCACGCGGCUGUGGUGCAGCUGCUGCUGCUGCUCUCUGCGGCGUCCGACCCCAACGCCAGGGAUCAGCGGGGUCGGACGCCGCUGCACUGGGCGGCGUGGUGGGGCCACGCAGAAGCGGCGGCUGCGUUGCUGCAAGCCGGAGCCGACAGGGGGGCGGCGGAUGAGUUAGGGAGGACCCCCCUGGACAUCGCCAGGCUGUGCAACCAUCAGCAGAUCGUUGAGAUGCUAACAGAGCGUUAAUACGUGCUACUAGAGGAA